AUGGACUCCCCAAUAGACUCCGUUUUCGAGGACGAUGGUGCUAGUUCUGAUUUCAUCCCAGAGGUGCCGAAGUCCAAAGCAAAGGCUCCCAAGAAAGCUGCUACAGCGACCAAGCCCAGAGCCCCUGCGAAAAAGACGGCUAAAGCCUCUGCUAAGCCGAAAGGUGCAGCUGCCACCAAAAAGAAGGCGAAAGUAGACACCGAGGAAGAACUUUCAGAUUACGAUGAAGCUGGCGGUGACGAUGUCGCGUCCUUACUCUCAGCUACUCCCCCAAAUGCUGCUGCGAAGGGGAAGAAAUCUGGGGGUUCCAAAAAGACAUCUAGCAAGCCCCUGGGGAAUGUGGAAAAUGAAUCGUUCGGAAUGGAUGGCGCAGCUACCCCAAAGGAGAGCAGUGAGAGGUACCAGAAACUUACCCAACUAGAACACAUCAUUAAACGACCAGACACAUACAUCGGCUCUAUCGAGCGGUCAACGAACCAAAUGUGGGUUUACAACUCAGAAUCCGAGUCAAUGGAGUUUCGAGAAGUUUCGUAUGUGCCUGGUCUCUACAAAAUAUUUGAUGAGAUUCUGGUCAACGCUGCCGAUAAUAGGCACAACGAUAAAAACAUGGACGAGAUUCGGGUCACGGUAAACAGGGAAUCUGGCGAAAUAAGUGUCUGGAACAAUGGUCGCGGCAUUCCCAUUGAGAUACACUCGAGAGAAAAAGUCUACAUACCUGAGCUGAUUUUCGGUCACCUCCUUACCUCGUCCAACUACAAUGACGACCAACAAAAGGUGACUGGUGGGCGUAACGGUUAUGGUGCCAAGCUCUGUAAUAUCUUCAGCACGGAAUUUACUCUCGAAACCGCAGACUCAAAGUUAAAGAAGAAAUACAAACAAACAUGGACCGACAAUAUGUCCAAGAUGGGAAAGCCAAAGAUAACGGAUUGCAAAGGCGAUGACUAUACCAAGGUUACAUUCACUCCAGACUUCAAGAAGUUCGGAAUGGACGGGAUCGAUGACGACUUCGAGGCUCUGGUUAAGCGUCGAGUCUAUGACCUGGCAGGGACUUGCAAGGUCACAGUUAAAUUAAACGGAUCGCGCGUCCCCGUCCGCAAUUUCAAACAGUAUAUGCAAAUGUAUACUAAUGCCAUCAAAAAAGAGCGAGGUGAAGAAGCUUGCAGGGACAAAUCCGAGAUCAUCACUGACAACCCAGACCCCCGAUGGGAAAUCGGGUUUGCUGUCUCGGAUGGUUCGUUUCAGCAGGUUUCAUUUGUUAACUCCAUUGCGACAACAUCAGGCGGCUCCCAUGUCAAUACAGUUGCCGACCAGAUUUGUAACAAACUUGUGGAGGUGGUUAAAAAGAAGAACAAAACCGGUGCCACCCUUAAACCAGCCCAAAUUCGAAAUCACAUAUUUGUAUUUGUGAACUCGCAGAUCGUCAACCCUGCGUUUACAUCCCAGACUAAGGAACAGUUGACAACGAAGCCGAGCCAGUUUGGCAGCAAAUGUGUCUUGUCGGAUGAUUUCCUCAAAAAGAUCCUGAAAACGCAAGUGAUGGAAAAUAUUAUGCAUUUCGCUGAGAAGAAGGCUGAUCAAAUCCUGAAAAAGUCGGACGGCAAUCGACGAUCACGCAUGAACAACCCGAAACUAACUGAUGCGAAUAAAGCUGGAACGAAAGACGGACAUCACUGUACUCUCAUUCUGACUGAAGGAGAUUCUGCAAAGGGACUGGCUAUGGCCGGCCGAGCCAUUGUUGGACCUGAUCUUUUUGGUGUAUUCCCUUUGCGCGGAAAACUGCUCAAUGUUCGGGACGCCUCUGUUGAUCAGAUAUCUAAAAAUGCAGAAAUCCAAAACAUCAAAAAUUUCCUCGGGCUCCAACACAAGAAAGAAUAUACCGACACCAAGGGCCUCCGCUACGGACAUCUCAUGAUAAUGACUGAUCAGGAUCAUGAUGGAAGCCAUAUCAAGGGCCUAUUGAUCAACUUUUUCCAAGUUGCAUUCCCAAGUUUGCUUAAAAUACCCCAGUUCUUGAUCGAAUUUAUCACACCCAUCGUCAAAGUGUGGAAGGGAGAUCCGAAGAACCCAACGAUAUCCAAAUCCUUUUUCACAAUGCAAGAAUACGAAACAUGGCUAGAGAUCCAUGGCCACGAUAAACGGUGGGAAAAGAAGUACUACAAGGGUUUGGGUACCAGUACGACAGAUGACGCCGAAAUUUAUUUCCGUGACUUGGACAGGCAUCUGAAGCAAUUCCAUGUCAUGCGGGAUCAUGAGGCAGAGCUUAUAGAUCUUGCAUUUUCAAAGAAAAAGGCCGAUGAGCGGAAAGAGUGGCUUCGUCAGUUUAAGCCUGGUACUUUCCUAGACCAUACGACUGAAGAGAUCACCUAUACUGAUUUCAUCAACAAGGAACUUAUCCUUUUCAGUAUGGCUGACAACAUCCGUUCUAUCCCUUCCGUUAUUGACGGUUUGAAACCGGGACAACGUAAAGUCCUAUAUACCUGCUUCAAGCUCAAUGUCAAAAAAGAUAUGAAAGUAGCCGAGCUCAGUGGUUACGUUCUUGGACUGACUGCCUAUCAGCAUGGAGAUGCGUCGUUACAGCAAACCAUUAUCGGCCUAGCUCAGAACUUUGUAGGAUCAAACAAUAUCAACUGCUUGGAGCCAAGUGGAAACUUCGGUUCUCGUUUGCAAGGUGGAUCUGACGCUGCUAGCCCACGUUAUAUCUAUACCCGACUUUCACCGUUUGCCAGACGAAUAUUCCACGAAGCAGAUGGGCCUCUGCUGACAUAUAACGUUGAUGAUGGCCAGGUAAUCGAGCCGGAGACUUACUUCCCCGUUGUGCCUAUGAUUUUGAUCAACGGUGCUGACGGCAUCGGAACUGGCUGGAGCACUUCCAUUCCGAACUACAAUCCUGAGGAAAUUGUCGCGAAUAUAAAGCGUCUCAUGGUUGGUGAACCUGUGGUCCCUAUGCAGCCUUGGUUCCGAGGGUUUACUGGGGAGGUUGUCUCGAUGGGUGGGGAACGGUACAAAUUUAGCGGGAGAUUCUCGCAAAUUGGAGACAAUGAAAUCGAAAUCACCGAGCUACCCAUCCGUUCCUGGACGCAGGACUUUAAAGAUCGUCUCGAGGAAAUCAUCAAGGCGGAAAAAAUCCCCUCGUUCAUCAAGGACUACAAGGACUACAAUACCCAUACCAAAGUCCACUUUGUAAUUCAGUUGGAUGAGAAGCACGCAAAGAAGACAAUCGCUGAAGGCCUGGAAGAGAAGCUCAAACUAACCAAAACCCUCGCCACUUCAAAUCUCGUGGCGUUUGAUUCCGAAGGGCGAAUCACCAAGUACGAGUCCCCCGAGCAUAUCCUUCAAGAAUUCUAUUCUGUCAGGAUUAAGCUAUAUGAAAAGCGGAAGCAACAUCAACUUUCCCAGAUGCAGAAAGAUCUGGAGAAACUGAGCAACCAAGCUCGGUUUGUUCAGAUGAUUAUCGACGGGAAGCUUGUUAUUUCGAAAAAGCCAAAGGCACAGUUGGUGCAAGAGCUGAAGGAGAAGGGUUUCAAAGCUAUAGCUAAGGUUUCUGACGCUGCCAAGCAAGGCGAAAAGGCACCUGUCGUGAAUCGGGACGACGAGGAAAGUAGCGACAGCGAGGAUACGGAGCUUGCCGCUAAUUCUUUCGACUAUUUGCUUGAGGAAUGGAAAUUCCAACUUGAGGACGAAGGUCGCCGUCAAGCUAAGCGUGCGAAGAGUGCCCGUCGCGUAUCUACGAAACUCAAGACGGCUACUAAAGGUGGUAAGAAACGCAAGGCUGCCGAUGACGAUGAUAGUGAUUUCGGCCUUCCUAAACCGAAGAAAUCUGCCAAAUCAACUACUAUGAAUCGAAUAAAGCCGCAGGGCGACCUUCUUAACUAUGUGAGCAGUAAUGCGUCUAGGAAACCUAAACCGAGCAGCGACAAGGGUUUUGGUGGUGCCGACGGUGCGAGCGGUUUGGAUGAUGAGGAUGAUUUCGAACCAGAAAUCCUCCCAACUAGGAAGCCGAGAGCUGCUUCUUCUAAACCUAUGAAGCCUAUUGAGCUUGACGGGUUGAGCGAUUUCGACGAAUUUGAGCCGAAAGUCAAAGAAACUUCUAGGACGGCAUCCCCAAAGCCUGCCGAGCCCCGUGAUGUGGAUAUGGACACAGGGACUGGUGGACCAAGUGAACCUGAUGAUAUUCAACCGAUGCCUGUGCCUCCCAAGAAAACGAAAGCACAACCCUCGAAAGGAAAGCCAGGGAAGUCAGCUGCUGCACUUGAAAGCGAUUUCGAAGAAUCUAAGUCUGCAGCUUUGCCGGAGAAGAAAAGUAAGAAAGCGGCUCCCCCACCUCAGAGGAUUCCCCUGAACGAUGAUGAUGGCUCAGAUGUGGAAAUCGUAUCGAGAAGGCCCGCACGCCAAGCGAGAACGAAUCGCAAACCUAUCACGUUCAACAACUCAAGCGAGUCUGACAGCGACGAUGGUGAUGAUUUGCUUGGGGAUGUCAGCCAGAUGGUGAAGGGAAUUGGCCGUUCUGCCGACGCAUCAUCGGAGUGUCGAACUCUUUUUUCCGAACUCUCACGCCCAGGUACUAGCGCCGGCACUAAACCGGCGACAUCGUCAUCAUCAAAAACUCCCAAAGCCACUAGUAACGAUAUUUUUGAUCCCGAUGAAACGGACUACUCGAAACUUAUUCCUCAGAAUUCUCCGAGGAGGUCGCUUCUAGUGAAACCUAAGGAUGCUAAAUUUUCCAGUGAUGAGGGUGAGGGUGCAGGUAGCGAUUCGGACGCGGUCGUCACUUCAAGGUCAGCGGCAGCUGCUAGAGCAAAGCCUAGUACCGCCCCUCGGAAGCCCGCUGCAAAAACAACCAAGUCUACCUCUACCGCCAGAAAGCCCACUACCAAACCCAAAGCCACCGCUGCGGCCCCAGCCAAGAAAACCGUCCUUUCCCCCGCCGCCAAAGCCUAUGCUGCGAAGAAAGCUAAGUCGCAGAAACUAACAGAUUCACUGUCCGAUGAUGACGGCGGCGAUGAUAUCGAUGCGAUGGCGAAUGACAUUCUCGAUUCCCCGGUACCAGCUAGAAAGGGAAAGGGUAAAGGAAAGGGACGGCAUGAUAGUUUCGAUGUGGAUGAUUCCGAAGAUGAGGUGGUUGCUCCAGUGCCAGCACGGACCGCUGGGGGUCGUCCAUCACGUCGGGCAGCCGCGGUAGCAAAGAAACCUACGUACGUAGUUGAUGUUGAUAGCGAUGAGGAAGAUGAGGAAGAUGAUGGCGAUGGGUCGAGUGAAGAGUUUUCUGAUAUUGAUUAG